CCAAGAUGUCAAACAGACAAAAUCAAGACUCCCACACUGGCGGCUCUCUCUACGACUGGGCUAAAGACGGAACCACAGUCCCAAACGAUGCAGGGCUGCAGAACACCGUACCCUCGUACCCGCGUCCCUCCCAAACCUCCGAGUCGACGCAAUUCGACAACCAAGGUCUCGAGGAGCCGUCCCUUGCCUUUGCAGCUGAUAAUCCCAAGGACGUGCCCCGCAGCACCAAGGAUGUCGGUGAGACCGGCGAGGUCAUCACGGGCACAGGUGACGCCCUGCCUUCGGAGAUCGAGACCAAAAGGUUGAGCUGGGCUGAUCUGGACCCUGGAGCCAAGGGAAGUACAAGGAAUGAGAAGCAUGAUAUUUUUAAUCGGAGCGCUUUCGAUAGAAAGGCGACGGAUAAUCCGAAUGCAAAUUGGCAGUCUGGGGAGCACCAGGGAAGGAAUCAAGUGUAGGGCUUGUGUAGCUUUCCUGUUACUGUAUAUUGUGCAUGAUGAUGUAUUACUUUCUGGAUAAAAAAAU